AUGGCCUGCAACAUGAAGCAGCUACGCCACAACGAGAGGGCCCUGAGGUUCAUGCUACAACAGCAGCCACCUCUGCAGCUGCGAGGUCUUCCGGCGCUUCAACUGUAUGCCCACAGAGGGCAGCAUCAGGAGUGCGAUAUGCAGGAAUGCGAGGCUGCAUGUACAUAUUCAAUGCAGCAGAUCCUUGAAAUCCGUUCCUUAGGGCCGCUUACCCUUAAGCAGUUAGGUGGGGACGAACGUUCCUUACUUGGAGCCUGGGGACCACAUGGACCGCCCGGGGGUCCUCCAGAGGUGGGCAUCCUUGGUACAUGGCUGCGGCGGUUGGGACAACUGUACGAGGCCGAGCUAAAGCAGAUCGUCGAAGAGAGGCUCCAGCAGGCAGAGGCAGAGUACCCAAUUUACACUUCUUACAGCCCCUAA